AAAAUCAUUGAGCCCAUGUGAUUCCGUGAGGCCCACUAUUGCAGUGGCCUCUGCUUGUAAAAGGCCCAAAAAGCAAUUCCUCAUGGGUACGAAUCUGAGCCCGCUGAGUGCAUUGAACUCAAUCUUCCAACAAUGGGAAAUACAGGCACCGCAGAAUUCCUGGAAUAUCAGCGGCGACCCAUGCAACGGAACUGCUCUGAGCCUAUACGAUUUCAACAAUCCGGCCAUCGCAUGUGAUUGCUCCUUCAACAGUGCUACUACCUGCCACAUCACCAGACUGAAAGUGGUUUCACUGAACGUACGAGGGGUGAUGCCGGAGCAGCUUUUGGCUUUCAAAUUCUUAACCGUUCUGGACCUCGGGCAAAAUUACGUCACCGGUACCUUGCCGGCAUGGAUUGGCAAUUUAUCUACAUUGCAGUACUUGUCUGUUGCCUUCAAUGCAUUCUCUGGGCCCAUUCCUAAGGAGCUUGGAAAUCUUAAGGAGCUAACUUAUCUGUAAGACUUGAAGAAAUUUUACUUUGUCAUCAUAAUGCAUCAAUUUUAUUUUAAUUCUUUUUUAUCUGCCAUUGUAAUGCAUCAAAUGGUUCUGUUCUACCACAAACAUGUAGCCUCUUAAGUUGCAUUAUGCACAAGUUUGGUUCUUCAUUAUUAUGAAAGUGCCUUUCUUAUAAAAUGAAAAAUGAAUU